GAGGGGGCAGUAAUAAUAGCCUCUGAUAGGGCAAUAAUCCCCUCUGUUGUGGCAGUAAUAAUACCCACUAUGAGGGAGCAGUAAUGCUCUCCGAGGGGCACUAACACAGUAGUCCCCUUGUACUUGUGGGGGAUACAUUUCAAGACCUACCAUGGAAGCCUGAAGGGACAAUAAUAAUGCCCUCUUUGUGGGCAAUCAUUCCAGAGAUGGGGCAAUAUUACCCUCUGAGGGGCAAUAAUACCUACUGAGGUGGACAAUAGUGUCCUGCUGUGGGAUACUAUCCCUUGAGGGGGCAUUAAUCUCCCAGAGAUGGGGGUAUUGUAUCACCUAUAAGAGAAGAAUAAUCACCCGGCGAGGGAACUGUAAUGCCCCCUAUGUGGAGUUAAUAAUAACAUCAGUGAGGGAGCAGCGGUGUUGUUAUUGAGGGGGACAAUAAUACCCUCUGAAAAGGUGCUAUUACUCCAUGAGUGGGAGAGCCACUCGUACCACCAGUGAGGGAGUUCACUAAUACCUCACUGAAAAGUCAUAGCCCAUGAAGGGCUGUAAUGCCGGCAGUGAGGUGUACAGUGUUACUCAGUGUAACAUCUCCAUUGAAAGUCACAAUAAUAAACACCAGGGAGAUGGCAGUAAUUUGACCCAGUGGUGGAGACAGUAAAAUACCAAGUGAGGAGGGUGUGUUAUGAAUACCUCCAGUAAGAGAAACCGUAAUAUUCAUACUGAGGGUGGCAGUAAUCCACCACCAACACAACACCCACCACUGCUGAAGCUAGAAAUACCCUCCUGGAGUCAAAGGCAUGAAUAUUCCCAAUGAGGGCAAGAGAGCUCAGAAACAUUGGCAAAAUUAUUUAACCUUGUUUUCAUAAAGCUGGACAACAUUUGUAAAAGUUCCUAUUACUACUAAGGGCCCAACAUAUUUUUUGCAGACUUCUGCUUUUCCAGUGCCACACUUCUUGAUACAGACUUGAUGUAGUCCACCGAUAAAAUGUCAAAGGGUCAGAACAUAAUUGGCAGUGCUAAAAAGGUUCAUUUUCAAGUUGCAAAUAUUGACCUAUCUGACCAAUCCCCUGUUCAAAUAGAAUUUGAGAAACUGAGCCACAUUCCAUAUGGUACGAUACAUUUAGGAAGGGAUCAGAAAAUUGAACAAGAUGUGGAAUCCAGUCAGAGCUUUGAACUGCAGUCUCACGAUGAGACUACAGUUAGUGCAUCUUCUCGCAAAAUCAACACUACUAAAAGCAGUUUGCCUUCCUUUGAGGCUCAGCAGCAAAACCAGUUGUCGCCACAUGUUAAAAAACCAGUCAGUUCACAGAAGACAAGUAAUAUUUUAGCUGCUCUUGGCCUUUCAUCUAAGGAUCUGGAUGAAGUGAAGAGCUUUCCUAAAGACAAACUUACACUUGACACAUUGCCGAAGAUUCUUAAGCAAAUCAAGAAGAAAAGAGCAUCUUUGAAACAUGGAAAAAAUGACAAUUCUCCGCAACAAAACCAAUCCACUAGUACUUCUCGAGAUGGUGGCAUUGAAGAAAAGCUAUUGAUGAAAGAUCAAGGCACUGUACUCAAACCACUAGUCAACUAUGGCUAUGAUCCUUCCUCUGGAGAGUCUAGUCCUGGAUCUGAACGGGAAGGAGUAAGUGGUGAUGGUUCUCGUAAAAAAGAGAGACAUUUCACUGAGUUCCCAAAUUAUCAAAGUAAGUUUGACUCCGAUUCCGACACUGAAUCUGAUUACGAAAUAGUUGAGGAGCAUCACGAGCCAUGUGAAGAAGAAUCUGUCCUUGAGACAAAAAGGAAAACUCCUAUUCUGCAAAACAUAAAGGAUUUUCUUGGUUAUUUGCCUGUGGUGCUUCCACACUGCUGCUCACUGUGUGACAAAAUAAUUGAUACUCUCCAGGAUUGGAAUGGCCAUAUGAAUGAUCCAUUACACAAACUACGUUGUCUGCUUCUUCAAAGAGUCUACCCAGAUUGGAACCCAGGAAAACUACCAGAUACAAAGAAAAGUCCAGAGAAGCCCAAAGCUCCAAUUGUUGUACUGAAAAAAAAGGUCAAAGUCAAAAGAAAUACAGAAUUUCCUGAACAAAGCAAACGAGAAAAUCUGAAAGAACUUCGUAGUCGGGUUGUGGUCCUCAGCAAUUUGCCAUCAUCCGGUUUUUCAGAUUUUGAUACUGUGCGGCUUGGUUCUGCUUUUGGAAAAGUUCUCAAGUAUUUAAAAGUUGGGGAAAAGGCUUUCCUGAAAAUGGAUUCCGAAAUUGCUACUAAUAACUUAAUUGAACACUUUAGGAGGAAUCCUUUAUUUUAUGGUAGAUUAUUGACUGUAAAUAUAUCUUCUGCUCAAAUACAACCAUUGCUUAAGAAACCAUCUGCAAAGAUUGAAGAAAUGUUGAAGAAAGUACAUCAAGCAGAUAUCAGUACAAAAGAAUGCUAUCUGGGUCCUAUUUUGAAGCAUAAACCUGGUGAUUUGAAAAAGUCCUCACCGCCUAGAAGAGAGAGGAGAAGUUCGGAAAGUAGUGAGAAAGCAGAGUCAAAGAGCUCCGAUGAGAGUGGUGGAACAGUGGGAUGGAGAAGCUCCUCAAGAAUGAGGCACAGAAACCGUGAAAAAAUGCAACACAGAAACCGAGAGAGAAUACCACGACGAAACUCUAAAGUAGAACAGCGGCAAAGCCGUGAUAGUAGAGAAUGGAGGGCCAACCGAGGGAGAGGAAUGCAGGAGACCAGCCGCGAGAGAGGAGAGCGCAGAGGUAGCCGCGAGAGAGGAGAGCGUAGAGAUAGUCGUGACAGGGCUGAACGCAGGGGUGGCCAUGAAAGAAGGCUGCGUAGAGGUAGCAGGGAACAGCGAGAGCGGAGAACCAGCAGUGAGAGAGGAGAGCGACGAGGUAGCAAUGAAAGAUGGGUGCGACGAAGCAGUAGACAGAGAAUAGAGAGGGGAGCUGGCAGCAGCGAUCGGGGAGACAGUAGUGAGAGGGGAGGUAGCACUGAAAGGGGAGAGUGGGGAUGUAGUAAUGAGAGGAGAAAGCGGGAAGGCAGUAGUGAUAGGCUGGAGUGGGGAGACAGCAGUGAGAGGUGGGAGUGGGAUGACAGUAGUGAGAGACAAGAGUGGGGUGACAGCAGUGAUAGAUUAGAAUGGGGCGACAGCAGUGAGAGACGGGAAUGGGGAGACAGCAGCGAUAGGUUAGAGUGGGGUGACAGCAGUGAGACACAGAAGUGGGGUGACAGCAGUGAGAGACGAGAAUGGGGUGACAGCAGUGAGAGACGAGAAUGGGGUGACAGCAGUGAGAGACGGGAGUGGGGAGACAGCAGUGAGAGGCGAGAGUGGGGUGACAGCAGUGAUAGGCUGGAAUGGGGAGACAGCAGUGAGAGACAGGAGUGGGGAGACAGCAGUGAGAAAUGGGAAUGGGAUGACAACAGUGAGAGACGGGAGUGGGGUGUCGGCAGCGAUAGGUUAGAGUGGGGUGACAGCAACAUGAAGGUGGAAUGGGUUGAUAACCAUGAGAGGGUGGAAUGGGGUGACAGGAGUUCGAGGAUGGAGUGGGGCGACAGUUAUGAGAAGGUAGAACGGACAGACAGGAGCUCGAGGAUGGAGUGGGGUGACAGUCACAGGAGGGCGGAGCAGGAAAGGGCUGAGAGUAAAGCAAUAGAGUGGACGAAAUACGAAAACAUCGGAAAUGCAGAGUGGGAAAACUAUGCAAAUAAAGGUGGAACAGAGCGGAAAGAUUAUCCGCGAUAUAAUCCGGAGGAUAGGAGGGAGCCCAAAAUAAAUGAUGUAGAAAUGAAUUCAGAGGAACUACAAGAGGAAACUGCUAUUCCAUUUUUGGGAAAUGAUUCAGAACUUGAAGCUCUGAUGGGCAAUUCUGAAACAAAUGAUGUUGAUGAAAGCAUUCUAAAGCAUGAGCAGAAUGGAUCUAAGGAUGAAUUGAAAGAAACUGGUCCUCGAGCUGAUACAAAUAUAAACCUACAAGAGACAGUGCUGGAGAAGAAACCGAAAGAAUCAUGUCCAGAGAAACAGACAACAUUACAUGUAAACUUGCCUCCCAGUGGAUAUUCAAAAGUUGCUAUUGGAAAACUUGGUGCUAAAUUUGGAAAAGUUCAUAAUUACUCUGUGCUGAGGCCCGUGAAUCAGGAUACAAAGGAAGAGCCUGGACAAGUUGUUUACAUCGCUGACAUGGUACCAGGCAAAUGCACAAAAAAUGAUUUAAUCCACCUUGCUGAGCUCUUUGGGAAGAUUAAUAACACCUUUCUAAUCAAAGCAAAGGGUGAGGGAUUUGUGGAGAUGUCCCAAAGUGCAGAAGCUCAAGCCAUGGUAAAGUUUUACCAAACAAAACCACCUGUUAUUCAGGGCAACAUCAUCAGAGUGGAAAUGUGCCAGAAAUACAAGAAACUGAAUGUGAAGUUUCCAGAUUGGGAUCCAACAGCCGGUGGUAUGCCUCCUUUUGCAGCAUCUCUGUACAGGUUACAUGGUAUCCAGCAAAAUAUUACUGCACCUGAAGAAGACAUCUUCGAACCAACAUGUACCCCAAAUUUAGCUGAACUCAGGGCUAAACAUUCAGAACAGCUGCUAAGGUGGACCAAAGUGCCGCUUGAGGGCAAUAUGCCAUUUAAAAGUAAAUUGUGGUUUCCUGAAACUUAUAAAGGAAAAGAACUUGAGUGUUUCAGGUUGUUACCAUAUGCUUUCAAAGUUCCAAUGCUAGAAACUCACGAACGAUAUUUACAAAGUAUUACUGGAACUCCUGACAUGUAUGAUUUAAAUACACCAAAGAUAGAUGACGCAUUUAUUCAACUACUGAUUGGCAAGAAAGUUAUACGUUCCCGUGAAGAUCUCGAUAAAAAGUUAGGAGAACCAGAGAAGGUGUUAUGCAAGGCGCAGACAAAAGUAGCAGAAAUUGUAAGUCCACUUUUACUUGCCAUACAGAAGUAUGAACUGGAUGAGUUAUCUGGAGAACUAGACUCCUUCACUACAGAACAGCUGAAAGAGAGACUGCGGUCAGCAGUAACUUCGUGCCAUCAAUCAAUUUUGUAUGCUGGACAGACUCAUUGCUGGUUGACCAGUCUUCGUGCUGAAAAUUUGCUACAGUUAUUCAAAUUCAAAACCCCUGUUAAACCUCAAGAACAUCCAAACAUGACAUCAUCUGACUUGCUGGGUGCUGACAUUGCAGAACAGGUGCAAAAGAGGGGUGAGGUGUUGCGGCGUAACACUCCCAUGCCAGCAACAAAGAAAAGGCCAGUUCCUCAUAUUAACAAGAAGAAAAACAUUUUCCAAAGACAGCAGAGGAAGCAGCCACCAUAUUACCGGAACCCAAAUCCAUCCAGAGGCCGUGGACGAUCAUAUAGAGGACACCCCAGAGUGCAUCCUAUCUUAAAGAACAUAUUCAUCCCUUGAAGCUGGUAAGAGCAGUAUGAUGUCCACUGGAUCACACCAGAAGGAAUCCCUCCCAUUUUGGAUUUAAAUAUUUUAGAACAGUUUUGUUGUUGAAUAUCAAGUUUAAGUUAGACCUAAAAGGAAGACAAAAUUAAAUUGACAAAGGUCAACUUUUUCUUACGUUUAUUGUUGCAGAAGUAGAAAUUUGAAAUUUAUGAUCUUCCUGUGCUACACUGUUCUCUAGCCAAGAUGGUGAUUUAAUGAUUUGUUCUGAACAUAGACCAUUUUGUUAUGGCAGUGAGCUAGUCAGCUUUCUCUCCAGAAAUCUGCCAAGGUCCUCAAGCUGGAACCUGUUCUGAAUUUCCUAGGGCAGCUCAAUCUAAUUUUUGCCACCCUGCGUUGCCUCUUCACAGAUGCUUCAAUGUAAGGACAAGAUUGUUUAACUUGCUUUGUGGGAGUUUUUUUUUAAUCCUUGUGUUAUAUCCAAGUCAAUGAUGUUUAAUGUCCUAGAAUUCUAUUAAUGUUGUAAAAUGAUGUGAUCAAAAUAAAUUUGAGUGUAACAACCUUAUAAUAAUAUCUUGUUAAUAAAUCUGGAAAAUUUCCAGCUUUGUAGUCCAUGCUUGCAAUAAUCUCUAUUUCUACAGGGAUUUGUCUCGUGCCUAACUGUCACUUCUGCCAUGAUGUCUUUAAUAAAAACUGCACCUUUUAUGAUCUAGA